AUGCAAAUGGCUGAUUCUACUCUAAGUCUUUCAUCUAAUUUAAGUGAUGACUUAUCCCUUCUUUCUCCAACUUCAUCACAAUUUUCGAGUUCUUCGGAAUUUAAUUUGGAUAGAGACUUAUUGCCUGAGGAGCUACCUGUUGUUAAAUGUGUUGCAAGGGCCAGAAUUCCUACAACUAAUAACACUGAGAUUUUUUUGCACUUGUAUUCCAAUAAUAUCGAUAAAAAGGAGCAUUUGGCUAUUGUUUUUGGGGAAAAUAUUCGAAGCAAAUCGUUAUAUUUGAGACAAAAAAAUGAAACACAAUCAGACCGAAUGAUUCGAGGUGCAUAUAUUGGAAAACUACAACCCAAUAGAAAAAUAGCGGAUUUUGAUGAGUUGAAAAAAAUCGGAUUAAAGUUCAAUGAAAAGGAUGAAUUAAUAUAUGAUAAUAGAACAUCAUAUAAUCCUGAAAACCCUAUUUUAGUGCGAAUUCACUCCGAGUGCUAUACAGGAGAAACAACAUGGUCAGCUAGAUGUGAUUGUGGCGAACAAUUUGACGAAGCAGGCCGAUUGAUGGGAGAAUAUGGACGUGGAGUUAUAAUUUAUUUGAGACAAGAAGGUAGAGGAAUUGGAUUGGGAGAAAAAUUAAAGGCGUAUAACUUGCAAGAUUUAGGAGCCGAUACAGUGCAAGCUAAUUUGAUGUUAAGACAUCCAGCAGAUGCGAGAAGUUUUUCGUUGGCUACUAGCAUAUUGUUAGAUUUGAAUCUACCCAAUAUUAAAUUAUUGACCAACAAUCCGGAUAAGAUAUUGGCUGUUGAAGGUAAAAACCGACUGAUUAGAGUUGUUGAAAGAAUUCCUAUGAUUCCAAUAGCCUGGAGGGAAAAUUUAAAAGAAGGAAUCCAAUCUAAAGAGAUAAAUGGGUAUUUGAGAACUAAAAUAGAAAGAAUGGGGCAUUUAUUACAAGAACCCAUUCGAAUUUAG